GACUAUGGAGGCGAGUUUCACUCUUCCACAUGCAUGGGACUAAACCGACGGGACUUAACCGAUGAAGUUACAUGUUCCAAUGUGGAUCCGAGCCGCAUCCCUGGCAGCACCACAAUAGUCCUCCCAAGGAGGAAUGCCAGCUCCUGAGCAGAGCCCAGUGACGGAGGAGGGGCUUCUGCUGACCAUCCGAGAGGGCUCCACCGGCCACAACAUGGAGCCUGACAACACCGCCAACAACAUCCUGGCCUCCGUCAAAGAGCAGGAGCUCCAGUUUGAGCGGCUAACCAGGGAGCUGGAGGUGGAGAGACAGAUUGUGGCCAAUCAGCUGGAAAGAUGCAGACUUGGGGCCGAGUCGCCAGGCGCUGCUAGCAGCAGUUCAUCUGAGAAGUCCCUCCCUUGGAGAACAGCAGAUGCCUCCGCCUCAGGGGAUACCAAGUCUCGGGUGACUGACAGCUCCCAGUCGCCCAGCUACCGCAUCAGGACAGAGUCGGAGCAGGUGUCUCUGUACUCCCCAGAGCAGUCCUCUCUCCAUGAAAGUGAGGGGUCUGCAGGGAAUUCACGCAGCUCGACUCAGAUGAACUCGUACUCAGACAGUGGCUACCAGGAUGCUAGCAGUGGCUACUACAGCAGUCAGAACCUGGGCAAGGCUGAGCUGAGGAUGCAGCACUCCUUCCCCGGCACCGGCUCUGGCACAGGUACCCUGCUGAGGAAUGCCAGGGCCGAGGGCCAGACUUCAGCCCAGGUUCCGCCGGUCACCACUGCCGUGCCGGGCCGGGCCAUGCGAAGGGUGAGUUCGGUGCCUUCUCGCACCCACUCGCCGGCCUACGCCAGCAGCAUGUCCCCCUCCCGCGGCUCAUUGCGCACCUCAGCGGGCAGCGGCUAUGGCUCCCCAGUCAUCACCGAACCAAAACCCCUAUCCAGCAUCUUCUCCACCACUCUGCCCUCCGCUCAGCGUAGCAGCACCAGCGGUGGCGGCGGCGGUGGCUCGCCGUACUCCACGCAGAAAAACUCCCCUGCCGCCCUGCGACGCAUGGGCUCCACCAACUCACGUUCAGGCAGUGUCAGCCGCACCACCUCGCCAUACCAGGCGUCAGGGUCAUCGUCGGGCCGCAUGGGCUCACCUCUCACCAUGACGGAAGUCAACCCUCCUUUGACAAAGCAGCCCACUCAGUCGUCCUCUCCAGUCAGGGCCAGUAUGACGGCUGUGCCACAGCACUACAGCUCCACUCUGCCUCGCUCCAUGCUCCAUGACACCGACCCCUAUGGAGCCCAGAGCUACGAUAUUUAUGAGAGGAUGACGCGACCUGACAGCCUCACAGACGCCCUGGUUGAUGAUGACAUUCAAGGAAUACGGAGCUCAUAUGCCAGUCAGCACAGCCAGUUGGGUCAGGACCUGAGGUCGGCCAUGUCCCCGGACCGCCACAUCACCCCUAUAUAUGAGGACCGGACCUUCCAGACUCCGCUGUACCGCAGCCCUAACCACCCUCCGCAGGGUACCCUCUACAGGAGCACCUCAGGUGUGGGGAGCCUCCAGAGGACGUCCAGCCAGCGCAGUGCCAUGACCUACCAAAGAAACAACUACGCUCUCAACACAGCAGCCACCUACGCCGAGCCCUAUCGCUCCACACAGUACCGGCCCUCUGAUGCCAACUACACUCGCCAGGCUGUUGUUAUGGACGACGGUGCCACCCGCUCACCCUCCAUAGACAGCAUUCAGAAGGAUCCCAGGGAGUUUGCAUGGCGUGACCCAGAGUUGCCAGAGGUGAUUCACAUGCUGCAGCACCAGUUUCCCUCAGUGCAGGCCAACGCAGCCGCCUUCCUGCAGCACCUGUGCUUUGGCGAUAACCGAAUCAAGGCCGAGGUGUGUCGAUUGGGAGGAAUCAAACACCUGGUGGACCUGCUAGACCACAAGGUGCUGGAGGUCCAGAGGAACUCCUGUGGAGCUCUGAGGAACCUAGUUUAUGGCAAAGCUAUGGAUGAGAACAAGAUUGCUGUGAGGAACGCAGGGGGCAUACCUGCCCUGCUCCGCCUGCUGAGGAAGACUGUGGACGCAGAAGUGCGGGAGCUUGUCACAGGGGUGCUGUGGAACCUGUCAUCGUGUGAUGCCGUCAAGAUGACAAUCAUUCGGGACGCCUUAACGACUAUGACCAACACUGUGAUCAUCCCUCACUCUGGAUGGAGCAGCUCCACCUUUGACGACGAUCGCAAACUCAAGUUCCACUCCUCACUGGUGCUGAGGAACACCACCGGCUGUCUGAGGAACCUGAGCUCAGCUGGUGAGGAGGCCAGAAAACAGAUGCGUACUUGUGAAGGCCUAGUUGACUCACUACUCUAUGUCAUCAAAGCCUGUGUCAACACCUCUGACUUCGACAGCAAGAUUGUGGAGAACUGUAUUUGCACUCUAAGGAACCUGUCGUAUCGUCUGGAGCUGGAGAUGCCGCCGUCCAGACUGAUGGGGGGGCACGAACUGGAUGGCCUGCUGGGCAGUGAGUCUCCCAGUAAAGAGAUAGACUCCAGCUGCUGGGGCAGGAAGAAGAAGAAGAAGAAAAAAAGCUCACAGGAAGACACGUGGGAUGGUGUUGGACCCAUCCCUGGCUUCUCCAAGUCUCCCAAAGGGGCGGAGAUGUUGUGGCACCCUGCUGUGGUCAAGCCUUACCUGACUCUGCUGGCUGAGAGUUCAAAUCCGGCCACUCUGGAGGGUGCUGCAGGGUCCCUGCAGAAUCUGUCAGCCGGAAACUGGAAGUUUGCAGCAUACAUCCGUGCAGCAGUGCGAAAGGAGAAAGGACUUCCCAUCCUAGUGGAGCUGCUGCGGAUGGAUAACGACCGCGUUGUGUGUUCUGUGGCCACCGCCCUGAGAAACAUGGCACUAGAUGUCAGGAACAAGGAGCUCAUAGGGAAGUAUGCGAUGAGGGACUUGGUCAAUCGUCUCCCUGGGGGAAACACCACCCUACUGUCAGACGAGACGGUGGCAGCCAUCUGCUGCACUCUGCAUGAGGUCACCAGCAAAAACAUGGAGAACGCCAAGGCCCUGGCCGACACGGGCGGCAUCGAGAAGCUGGUCAACAUCACCAAGGGCAGAGGAGACAGGUACUCUAUGAAGGUGGUAAAGGCGGCCGCCCAGGUGCUGAACACACUGUGGCAGUACAGAGAUCUGCGUACCAUCUAUAAGAAGGAUGGAUGGAACCAAAACCACUUCCUCACUCCAGUGUCAACACUUGAGCGGGACAGGUUCAAGUCCCAGCCCACCCUCCCCACCAGCACCAUACAGAUGUCUCCAGUCAGCCACCCUGCUGGUAGUGCCACGUCGUCUCCUGCCAUGCUGGGCCUCAAAGAGCAUAGAGACAUUAUCAGAGAUUAUCAGAGGGCACAGUCAACUAUGCAAUUUUAUAAUUAUCAAGGGGACAACAAUGUCCAUAAAAAACAAUAUACAGGGUCUGGGAAGCCUUCUUCGUUUUAUUACUCAUCGCCCACAAGAGAGGAGCCCAGGAGAACACAGCCUAUGUACUACACAGAGGAGCCGGGCAGGAGGAACUAUGACACCUACAGAAUGUACCUGCAGCACCCUCACGGCUACGAUGACCCGUACUUGGAGGAGGUCAUCACCUACCCUCCCACGGUCGACUACAGCUCCCAGCCUCAUGGACUGAAAUCCACCACCAACUAUGUGGACUUUUACUCUAGCACACGAAGGCCUUCCUACAGGGCAGAGCAGUACCCUGGCUCUCCUGACUCCUGGGUAUAGGCCCGGCGGCACCAAGGGGGUGGGGGGCGGGGUGGGAGUCAAGAUGCUCCUACAUCUUAGUCAAGAACCAGUUUCACCUCUGAUCGUCAGGUCAGGGAGUGGGGAACCUCCAAAUGUAGGGGCAUCUUCACCCUGCGGUAGAGGAGCGGGCACUACAACUGACGGACUCUUUAAUGAACUUUUCUUUGUGAGUGUGUUUGUUUUAAAGUGAAUGUGGGGGAGGGGAGGAGUUCAACCGAGCGAUGGCAGAUGGAAAAUGGAAUGUGCGCCACAGAAGGAAAUCAAGGAAUGUUGAGGUUUUUUUUUUUUUCUUGAAUUAGCAGAUGGAAUCAUGCAGGGUUUGUUGAGGGACGGUACCGGACACAAUCGUGAAAUACGUGCGUCCUGCUCUGUCUAGAUGUUAGUUUUAUUUUCUUUAUGAAACUCUUAGCUGUGAUAGCACGGUGAAGGUGUGAGUCAUGUGAGGAAGGGUAUGCGAUGAAGAGUCAAGAUAGGGAAUGUGUAUGUGUAUGUGCCGAAGCCAAAAUGGAUCAUGAACUCAUAUCUGUAAAAAAAAAAAAAAAAAGAAAAAAAGAAAGAAAAAACGAUAACACUAAACUAAUGAUGUUAGUUUGUACAGAGGGAGCAAACUGUAUUCGUACGUAAUGUUGAAGUUGUGUAUGCCAUGGAGUCUUGUACAUUUCCUUCAUUUUAUUGUAAAUACAGAAAAAAUAACAUGUUACCUGGUUUACACUCAUCAGCACUGGUAAAAAUGAACUUGUGCCAUGUUAAAUCUCUAUAGAUAUAUAAAUAUAUGAAGAAACUAAGAGAUGUGGGAAAAAAUGGCAUAACACAACCAUGCAAAGAUAAUAAAAGUUCACUUUUGUUUUUUAAA